AUAAUACCUGUACAAGGCCGUCUCAAUUUUUUGGAGGUCCUGUGUAGAUUAGUCAUAGUUUAAUCAUGAUAAAGUAAUUAGAGGUCCUGUUUAACCUCAUUUUAACCGUGGCAAAGAUUUAUGAGAUCCUAUUUAAUUAUGAUUUAACCGUAAAAAAUUUGAGACCUUGUGCGAUAGCCCGUCUGGCAUAUUCUCAAAGACAGUCCUGUACCGGUAUAUGGAAGUUUUUUACAAAUAUAUUGAGGAGACUUAGGAAGAAAAAGAAAGGUAUUAUUCUUUCUCCUAACUAAUAGGCUACAAAUUGAAUAUUCAAGUAUUAUUGGAGAAGGAUUGAAAGGAAUCAUAGGAAAGUUACAGAGAUGAGGUUUAUUAAUACUCAGGCACAAAGUCAAUGACUCAAAUUUAUGACACUCUCUUUGUCUCUGGAUAUUUCUAGAAUGGGGAGGAACUCUUCCUUGCAACUCAUUAUCUGCUUCAAUAUUGUUUUGUACUUGUUGGCAUGGUCAAGAGUGCAAACAAGCCACUCCUUAGUGCUAGAAAGAACUACUAUUAGGAGCAUAGGUGCUGUGCUUGAUUUGGCUUCCUUAAUGGGCAAGCAACAGAAGAUAGCAAUGGAUAUUGCAGUGGAAGAAUUCAACAUUGACCAAUUCAGCUCUUCCAAUAUUGAUUUGCAGAUAAAAGACUCGCAUGGAAACUCUGCUCAAGUCAUUGCAAGUGUUAUGGAACUCUCACAGAGCAACCAAGUGCAAGCGAUCAUAGGAACUAUUACACACAACGAAGCAACACUUGCAAGUGAAUUCAGAGACACCAUAAACACCAUUCCUAUCAUGUCUCUAACUUCAUUUUCAGCCAGACCAGAAUUACUAUCUCCUAGAUUGCCUAAUUUCAUCCAAGUAGGGGAUGAUAUUAACCUUCAUAUGCAAUGCAUAUCAGCAAUUGUAGGAGAAUUCGGAUGGAAAAAGGUGACAGUAAUUUAUGAACUUAAUAAUGACCUUUCGUCUGAUCCAGGGAUACUACUUAGCCUCUCUUAUUCUCUUAAACUUGUUGGUUGUGAAAUUGAUAACCAUUUAGCUUUCCCGUCUUUAUCAACUCUUUCAGACCCGAAAACUACAAUUGAAAAUGAGCUUAAUAAGCUGAAAAAGAAGAGUAAUAGGGUCUUCUUGAUUGUUCAUUCUUCUUUAGAGUUGGCUAACAUGCUUUGUGAGAAAGCAAAGCAAAUAGGUUUGAUGGAAAAAGGUUCUGUAUGGAUUAUCCCAAAUGAAGUUGCUGGUCUUCUUGAUUCGGUUAACUCUUCUGUUAUCUUCAACAUGCAAGGCGUUGUUGGAUUUAAAACACACUUCAUUGAAAAGAGUGAGGCUUUUAGAGAGUUUAAGUUCAAAUUCCAGAGAAAAUUUUCUCUCGAAUACCCUGAAGAAGAUAACAUAAAUCCAAGUAUUUUUGCACUUCAAGCGUAUGAUGCAACUAAGGCUAUUGCUAAGGCUGCAAACAAAUCAUCACAGGGAAAAUUCAGCCUCACAGAAUUCUCAAAAAUGACUUUUUUGUCCAAUAAAUUUGAAAGACUAAGUGGAAAAACAUUCUCGAAGAACGGACAAUUGUUGCAAUCACCAACUUUCAACAUAAUUAAUGUGAUUGGGAAAAGUUAUAGAGAAAUGGCAUCUUGGUCUCCAGCGCUUGGUUUUUCCAAACACAUUGUUAGCCAUAAUAAGGUAAUGGAGAUAAGGGCAAACAAUGAUGAUUCUGAUGGAGUUUUCAAAACAGUUUAUUGGCCGGGAGAAUUGCAAUCAGUUCCUAAGGGUCAUAAUAAUGAAGAAAGGUCGUUGAAAAUAGCAAUACCUUCAAAUGGUGCUUUUACUCAGUUUGUGAAUGUGGAAUAUGAUCAGGAAAACAAUGAACCUAAAGUCACUGGUUUCUCAGUCAGUGUCUUUAAAGCAGCUGUCAAACGUUUACCUUAUGUUUUAAAUUACACUUUUUUUCCCUUCAAUGGAUCGUAUGAUGAAAUGGUCGAUCAUGUCUACAAUAAGACAUUGGAUGCUGCAGUUGGCGAUACGUCAAUAGUGGCAUAUAGAUAUCAUUUAGUGGAAUUCUCACAGCCUUAUAUUGAAUCUGGCCUACACAUGGUGGUUACUGAACAACCAGCAAAAUCAAAAGAAACAUGGAUGUUUUUGGCUGCCUUUACAAAAGAGAUGUGGUUGAUGAUGACAGCUAUGCAUGUUUUUGUGGGAUUUGUUAUUUGGUUGAUAGAAAGGGAAGUAAAUGAAGAUCUAAGGGGAUUUGGGUCCAUGCUAUGGUUUUUAGUCACUGUACUAUUUUAUGCACACAGAGAACCAAUAAGAAGACCCUUAGCUCAAGUUGUACUGACACCAUGGUUAUUCGCUAUUUUCAUCGUGACAAAUAGUUUCACAGCAAGUUUGACAUCUAUAACUAUUUCACAAGUAAAGCCAUCUGUGUUAGAUAUACAGACCCUUAAAGAAAGAAAUUCCCCAAUUGGUUGUGACGGAAAUUCCUUUAUUAUCAAGUAUUUGACCGAAGUACUAAAUUUCAAGGCUGGGAAUAUAAGAAAAAUAAAUUCCAUGAGUGACUACCCUGCUGCCUUUGAUAACAAGGAAAUAGAAGCCGCCUUCUUCGUCGCGCCUCAUGCUAAAGUCUUUCUAGCAAAGUACUCGUGUAAGGGAUUUAUCAAAGCAGGGAAUACUUACAGGCUUGGUGGCUUUGGUUUUGUGUUUCCAAAAGGUUCAAGUCUUGCUGCCGACAUAUCAGAGGCAUUGCUGAGUAUGAUAGAGAGUGGAGAAACAGAACAACUAGAAAAAGAAAUGUUGAAUGGGAUAGAAAAUGAAGGCAAAGAAAAUUGUUCAGAUUUAGCGAGCAAGGGAAAAAAUAAUUCAUCGAUAGGCCUUCCGCCUUACCUUGGUCUGUUUUCGAUCUGUUCUACUGUCACUAUUCUUGGUUUGUCAUAUUACGUGAUUUGUUGGUUAGUGAAGAAUGUAGAAACUUUGGCAAGCCACGCAGUUUUAACAUUAACACAAUUAUGGAGAAUAUGGAGAUGGACAACCAAUAUUUUUGCUAGGUGCUGUUCAAAAAUGCAAUCAAGGACCAUGAGAAGAGUAGGCAGCUGCACAGAAACAAGAAAUGCAGAAGAGAAUGUCACUAAUAGCCAGCAAAUCCCAGUGGUGGUUGAGCUUGUUGAUACUGUACUGGCCGCUCAUGCUUCAUGAACUAUACAUUAUGUUCAUACUGCUGUAAAAAUUAGUUUAUUACUGCCAAAUAUUUUAAGAUUUUGGACACUCACUUUGCUUAGAUACUAUGACAGGUGCGGUUGAUGUUAUGUAAUGACUAAUGUGGUACAAAGAUAAAGAAGCAUUCGGAAAGAGUUAAAUCCAAUAUCUAUUAAAUUAUACCUAUCCUAUGUACACAAAGUUGCCCAACUAGGGCAAUGAAACAAAUAAUUUGUAUUGUGACACAAAAAUUGGAAGCAAAUUGAUAUGAGCGCCUUGAUGAUUUCAAACUAUGACAAACUUAAUUUCGUUCUCCACGUUUCUCCAACAACCUUUCUGGGUUGUGGAUUAUCCGGUCCUCUGUCCCUCUGUCCUGAUGUAAAGUAUAGCCAUCCAUCCCAAAAUCCAGCUAAUGUUGUUUUCACUCGGUAUGGAAGUUUUCCGAUCACUGACCAUUUCUGCAUUCAAUAAUAAAACAUUUCAGCUUACUUGAAAUGCCUAACUGUGAUCAUUUUUAACCGUGAACAAAAUGACACAUGUACAAUUUAUCAGGUCAGUAUGAACAACGGAAUGUCAUAAUAAACUACAAGACCCACAGAUAAGUCAGAAAUAUCUGUUAUAGAAUGGCUUAAGAGGUAUUAAAGGAUAAAAAGAAAUGCAUAACCAAAAUAUGUUUAGAGAAGAAGAGUACCUUAGAGUCUAAGUUAAAUUGGAAGACUUCUCCAACCAGCAUCAUCCUUUUCGUAACUGGGUGCUUUUCGGUUGUACCUCCAGUAAUAAUAAUUGAAUUGUUGACAAUUACCCAUGCACACUCUAUAUGGGAGUUUGGCU